UUUGCGGUUCGCGGCGCCCCUAGGCCGCCGUGGCGCCCCAGGGGCACGCGGCCCUGCCCCCGGAGGUCCGUGCCCCGGCGGCGGGGCGCGGGAGGGCGUGCGGGCGGCGAGGGGCGCGAGGGGCGCCGGCCACGUCCGCCGACGCGCCGCGCGCUUCCCUUGCGUGACGUGGCCGCGCAUGCGCCGACGUGGCACUCGCCAUGGCCGCCGCCUGAGACCUGUCAGCGCUCAGCCUGCGUCCUGCGAGUCCACCUGGAAUUGUACGGAGCCAUGCUGCCGUCACAGCCGAUGGGAGGGAUCCCCCCCCCUGGCCCUCCAGGUUCUUACAGACCCCCAGCAAGACCCCCUGGUGCCUACCCAGGUGGCCCUCCUCCUGGCCCCCCAGGUGGCCCGCCUACUGGCCCUCCAGGUGGCCCUCCGCCUGGCCCUCCAGGUGGCCCGCCUACUGGCCCCCCAGGUGGCCCUCCGCCUGGCCCUCCCUCCUUCUCAGGGAUGAAUCAGCAGAUGUCAGGACUGAAUCUGGGCCCUCCAGCUGGGCCUCCCCAGGGCAUGCCGUCAGGGCCUAUGAUGAAACAGCACCCCGCAGGACCAGGACCUAUUGCUAAUGGUCUUCCUCAAGGUGGUCUUCAGAAUGGUCCUCCUGGCCCACCCCCUAACACAGCAGGAGGGCCACCAGGUGGGAUACCGGCUGGCCCUCCCUCAGGGAAUAAAUCCUAA